UGACCAAUCAUAGUCAUGAAUUUCAUCACAUGACCAAGUCACUUAGACGACCCGCCAUUGUUCAAGUUUUUAGAAGAAGCAAAUUUACUUUUUCAGUUGUCUCUAACGUCCUUUAAUUCUGUUGUUUUACAUUUUGGCUGGACAACAGUUCAACCAAGGCUUUGUGAAAGUGUGUGUGUGCCGUAGAGGGUAUAUAGAGGCGAAUUAUGGCGCCGACAACAGAUGGCAAGGCAGGAGUGACAAGUACUGAAGAAGACUCUAUCAAGGUGUACGUGCGUGUGCGGCCUCCAGAUGAGCCAGACAACAGUUACGAACAGAGCAUGUGUCUCGCUGUGCAGGCUCCCAACGUCAUUGUCAUGGACUGUAAACCAGACCCCAGAAGAUACACUUUUGACCAUGUGGCUGACAUCAAUACAACCCAGGAAGCUGUCUUUGGUGCAGUGGGGAAGAAAAUAAUUGAGAGCUGUGUUGGUGGCUACAAUGGAACAAUAUUUGCAUAUGGACAGACUGGAUCAGGGAAGACUUUUACCAUGUUGGGACCCCUCGAUGAUGGUGACGAUUUUCGUCAUGAGUUACGUGGUGUCAUCCCCCGCAGUUUUGAAUACCUGUUCAACUUGAUUAGCAGGGAGCAAGAAAAGCGCGGUGAUGCUGUAGAGUUUGUUACCAGGUGUUCAUUCCUGGAGAUCUACAACGAGCAGAUCUUUGACCUGCUGGACACGGCUUCCACAGGACUGCACCUGCGCGAGAACAUCAAGAAGGGGGUGUUUGUCGACGGACUGAUUGAACAGAACGUCACCAGUGCAAUUGAGGCCCACCAGGUCCUUUCUGCAGGGUGGGUGAACCGCAGGGUUGCUUCCACAUCGAUGAACAGGGAGUCCUCUAGGAGCCAUGCUGUCUUCACUCUGACCAUUGAAUCCAAGGAGAAGAAGGGAGGUGUGAUGAACAUCCGGUGCUCCCAGCUGAACCUGGUGGAUCUGGCGGGUAGUGAGAGGCAGAAGGACACACACACGGCUGGAGUACGACUCAAGGAAGCUGGUAGUAUCAACAAGUCUCUCAGUGCUCUGGGAAACGUCAUCAUGGCCUUAGUGGACAUUGCCCACGGGAAGACUCGCCAUGUGCCAUACAGGGACUCCAAACUCUCCUUUCUUCUCAGGGAUUCCCUUGGAGGCAAUGCAAAGACGUACAUUAUUGCCAAUGUUCAUCCCGGCUCCAAGUGUUUUGGAGAAACCUUGUCAACCCUGAACUUUGCUCGACGAGCAAAGAUGAUCAAGAAUAAGGCUGUUGUCAAUGAAGAUCUCCACGGUAACGUAUCACAGCUACAAGCUGAGAUCAAGAAACUGAAGGAAGAACUGGCAGACUACAAAGCAGGUGGUGUUCCACAAGCUGGGAUUGCAGCAGAGGGGAAUAGCGGUGCUGUGGACAGCAAGUACAAGAAAUGGUUCUGCGAUGCAAUGUUCCUCAGAAACCAGGCAGAAGAAGAACAGAAGGCAAAGGAAGACAAGAUCCAUCAACUUGAAGACCUGUGUAAGAAGAAGGAGAAGUUUGUGCAGUCCAGUAAAAUGAUCAUCAAGCUGCGAGAAAGUCACAUCAGCCGGCUGGAGAAGAGUGGUGCAGGAACUCUGGGAGACACGGAAAAGGACCAGAUCAUUGUGGAUCUUCGUCAGGAGAUUGAGCUUCUGAAAGAUCAGGUGUCGCAUCACCCAGAGGUCACACGCCUCGCUAUGGAGAACCACGGCCUGAGGAAGAAACUGAAGGAGAUGCGCACUCCUGAGUACCUAAGUAAUAAGGCCUACAGCGCACAGCAGGUCAUGGAGCUGGAGAACAGCUUCAAGGAACUCAUGGCAAAGGAAGAUGGAGGUGCUCCAACGGUGGACCGUAGAACCAGCCUGAGUGCUGCAGGCACGCCUCUUGCCGCUGAGACUGUUGCCGUGGCAACAGUGGAGAAACUGAAGACAAAGGUGCAAAAACUUCAGGAGGAGUUGGACAUGACUAAGGAGAACCUUCAGCAGAUGGAGGCCUCCUGGGAAAAACAGAAGCUGGAGCUUGAGUCUGAGCUGGCCUCGUACAAGACAUCCACUCAGGAGCUGGAGAAGGUUCUGGAGGCCUGUCAGGUCCGCAACAGGAUCAACAGGACAACCAUGAACGACAUCCACAUGGAAACCAUCAAGAAUCUGACUCCCAGUAAGAAGGCCCUGUACCACCUGAGGACCAGGGUGGUCCAACAGCCUAUACCAUUUGACCUGGAGGGGGAGACAGGUGAUGAGAAAGGCGAGGACAUUGAUGAUGAGCUGCCUCCCCCGGAAAUGAUCCAGCAGUGUGCCGAGGCCUUGCAUGAUGAGAUCAAGCAACUGCAGGAUGUCAACAACAGCCUGACUCGCGAUCUGGAGGCACGGGAGACAGAAUUGCUGAAACUGAAGCAAAGCAGUGCCAAGUACGAACACCAGGUGGAGCAGUUGAACCAGCUUGUGUCAACUAAGGAGGCAAAACUGUCGGAACUGACCACUAAAGAAGCAAAACUCCAAGAGCAGCUCAAGGAACUAACAGACAGUAACACAGUGCUAAACGGUGAGGUGUCGGACCUCCGCCUUGUGCUGUCUUCUGCUGACCGUGAGCUGAGUGACAACAAGCAGAAAAUGGAGGAACUGCAGUCCAAACACCUCUCCAAGCUGGCAGAAUUUGAAGCCAAGAUUGUGGGUCUGAGCGGGGAGUUGUCGACAACUCGGCAGGACAUGGACCAUGUGGAGGAGGAGAAGAUGCAGCUGCAGGACAUGCUGGACAGUCUGCAGCAGGAGCUGCAGUUCCUCAAGCAUCAGCAGAAGGAAGAGGGGGCGCUGCUGCAACAGCAGAGAAGCCUCAGCACCCAACUGGAACAGGACAAGCAAUCCCUCACAGAACAGCUAGAGGACCAGAAAGCUGAGAACAAGACCCUGCAGGCCCGGCUGGUGGAAGAAAUGACCGAACAGGAGGAGCUGACCAGAGUGAACCAGGACCUGGCCACGCUGAAGGCUCAACACGAGGGGCUGGUCACUCAGUACCAGGAGAAGGUGUCGGAGCUUAGUGACGUCAGGAGAGAACUGGAGCAGGCCAAGGGGAGCGUACAAACUCUUCAGAAGCGACAGGCUGAAGAUAAGGAAGCCCUUGCCAGCCUGAUGUCCACAGUACAGGACCUGCGGCAGCAGAUGCACGACAAGAACUGCCAGCUGGCCACUGUGGAGUCCGAGCUGGCCGAGAGUCGGCAGGCCAUCCAGACGGCGGAGUCAGUCCGGGAGGAACAGCUGCAGACUAUCACAACACUGCAGGAGGAAACGGCCGAUCUCCAGCUGAAGGUGGAGAGGGAGAAGAGUUCGCAGGAGUGUGAGAUCAGCAUGCUGCGUGAGGACCUGUCUUACACCACAGAGCAGUAUUCCCAGCUGACAGAAGAACUGGACAAGCAGAACCAGCAGCUGGCGGCAUCUCAGAGCCAGGCAGAAGAGGCCACAAGAAAGAUGCUCGAGAUACAGAAUGUGCUGAUUGACAAAGAAAAUGAGCUCAGAGACACAAAGAGACAGUUUGAAGAGAAGCUCCGUGAAGUGGAACAGCAGGCCAUCAUUGAGAUAUCUCCAGAGUCGCCUGAGAGGACGGAGCUGAAGGCUCUCAUGGACAGACAGAAUGAAGAACUGGACAAGUUACGCACCGACAACGCCACAGUCAUGGCACAAGUCGACCAGUACGAGAUAGCUCGUAAACUGAAGAAUGAGGAAAUCAGUGCCCUAAAGACUGAAAAAGAGAAUCUGAAAGCAGAGAGGGACGUUCUGUCUACAACACUGCAGGGACUGGAGUAUAAACUGGAGGCCAACAGGGAAGAAGCAGAGCAGAGGGAUGCUCUGUACCAGUUUGAGUUGGAGAACCUGAAGAGGAAUAUGGCUAGUCAGAAAACAGCACUGGAAGAGGCCACCAAGACAAAAGAAGAGUCAGUGCAGCUUACAAUGCAGCUGCAGCAAGACCUUGAUGAUUUAAAGGAACAACAGAGCAAGCAGGAUGAGAGCACUGCAAUGAUGGCGGAAGAACUUGUCAGGUUGCAGUCCCUAGAGGAGAGACAUUUUGAAGAAAAGGAGUCCCUGAGAUCAAGUCUGGAAGAAAUUAUGGAGGAAAAGAGCAGGAUAAGCAAGGUGGGUCAAGUUACAACUUGUAAAGAUUUUCUUUUAGAUUAUUUUUCCUUUUGA